AUGUCAGCCAAACACUUUGUUAAUGAUCCUACCCACCUUGUCUCCUCAGCUCUCCACAGUCUUACUCUUACCAACCCAUCUGUUGCUCUAGAUCCAGAUUUCAAAGUCAUCUACCGUCGUCCUGAUUCCAAUGCCAAACCUCAAGUAUCUAUCAUCUCAGGUGGUGGCUCCGGCCAUGAGCCUUCCUUCGCCGGUAUGGUUGGCCAAGGUAUGCUCUCAGCUGCUGUAGCUGGUACCAUCUUUGCCUCCCCCUCCGCAGAGCAAAUACGCACGGCUAUCACUUCCCGCGUCGACACUUCAAAAGGUGUGUUGGUCACAGUCAUGAACUACACCGGUGAUGUCCUCAACUUUGGCAUGGCCGUUGAAAAGGGCAAGGCCGCGGGUCUCGACGUUGAGAUGGUCGUUGUAGGCGAUGAUGUUGGAGUUGGUCGCGCAAAGGCUGGCAAGGUUGGGCGCCGUGGAAUCGCAGGUACUGUUCUUGUCCACAAGAUUUCUGGCGCCCUCGCUGCUCUAGGGAAGCCUCUACAACAGGUAGCCAAGAUUGCCCAGCUGACUGCAGAUAACCUGGUCAGUGUGGGAGCUAGUCUUGAGCAUGUCCAUGUCCCAGGACGAAAGGUUGACUCCGAAGGAAGCCUUGCAGCAGAUGAGGUAGAACUGGGAAUGGGUAUCCAUAACGAGCCUGGUUCAGGACGCGAAAAGGUCGAAUUGCCUGAUCUUGUCAGUAAAAUGCUUCAGCAAUUGCUUGACACCAGUGACAAAGACCGAGCUUUCGUCAACGUCAACUCUAAAGAGGUCGUCCUCAUGAUCAACAACCUGGGAGGAGUCAGUGUUCUCGAGAUGGGUGGCAUCACCGCAGAAGUCGCAAGUCAACUCGAGUCCAAGUACAAUAUUCGACCUGUGAGAACACUCAGCGGCACAUACAUGACCAGUCUCAACGGUCUUGGCUUCAGUAUUUCUCUGCUCAACGUGGUAUCACCCGAUUUCAAUGCCCCGAGCAUGAUUGAGCUGCUUGAUGCUCCCAGUGAGGUCGUUGGCUGGUCUGCGCCUAUCAAAACAAGCACUUGGGAGGCUAAGAACACCAACACAAGGACGGGUCGCGUGGGUGCAGCCGAGGAUGCCAAGCCGAGUGACCUGAAGAUGGAUGCAGGUACUUCGCAAGCGUUGUUGAAGAAUGCUCUGCAGAAGGUUAUCGAUGCUGAGCCUGAGGUCACACGUUACGACACUGUUGUUGGAGAUGGUGACUGUGGAAUUGGCUUGAAGAGAGGAGCUGAAGCAAUCCUCAAGCAUAUCGAAGAGCGUCCUCUGUCUGGCGAUGUUGUCGUGGACCUGGCUUCCAUUGUGGCAAUCGUAGAAACCGCCAUGGAUGGUACCUCAGGUGCUUUAUAUGCCAUCUUCCUCAAUGCUCUGGUCAACGCUCUUCGUGAGCUCGCUCCAGGCAACGCCUCUCCUGAAGUCUGGGCCAAAGCUCUCAAGAAGAGUAGCGACGCCCUUGCAAGGUACACACCCGCGCGGCCGGGCGACCGCACUUUGGUGGACGCUCUUCAUCCCUUCGUGGAGUCAUUAAACCAGACCGGAGAUGUCAAGAAGGCAGCCGAGGCAGCACUAGAAGGGGCAAACAAGACCAAGGGCAUGCAGGCCAGUCUGGGCCGAACAGUCUAUAUUGGAGGCAGUGGAUAUCAAGAGGUUCCUGACCCCGGUGCUUGGGGACUGGCCAGCUUCUUCCUUGGCCUGAGCGGCUAG